AGAUAUCUGGGCUGUCUGGAAGCUCGCAGCUGCCACUGUUUUCUAUGAGCGCCUACUGUGCACAGACUAGAUUAGAAUUGACAGUUUGCAACAUUUUGUUAAGAAAAUGGCUGACUUCCUAAAGGAAUUGCCAUCAUACGAUGAGAAUAACUUCACCAGAUUCAACGCAGAAUCCGGCUUGAAAUCAAAUGUGAAAAAGCCAUCAGUUUACAUAUGUACAAAAGACCACCCCUCAGAACAAGUGAUAACAACAGAGAAGACAAAUAUUUUAUUACGAUAUUUACAUCAACAGUGGGAUAAAAAAAAUGUUACAAAGCGCGACUCAACCAAAGCAAACCUUGAGGGUAGUGAGGGAGCAUCUCCGGUGAAAAUGGCGAGAUUAUCCCAUGAUGACUCUACUUAGCUGCUGUAUCAUAACUUAUAGUCUAAUUUUAGAAAAUGUGCAUGUGUUUCAGUUAAGUCUAUAGGGUAGUGAUGUAAGGGCGGUACUGUACAACCUCUGAACAACAUACGGGAGAAGAAGAUACCUUCAUACAGAUGUGGAUGUUUUUCUGUUAUACUAAACUAGUUUAGAGUAACUGUCACCUUGGUUCAUAUUCUUCAAUGUUUAAAGUGUGAAACUUCCACUUAAGAAUGCCAGAUAUUGAAGUUGUCAUAACUUUGUAUAUACCAUAUCUAUAGUUAAGAAAUUUUACAAAGCUAUCCAUAGCUUCAGAAUGAAUAUUCAUGCAAAGUUGCAUCACUCUCUGUGUUUAUUUAAGAAUGACAGCGCAGAAAGAAAAUCUAACAUUUUAAAGUCUUAAGUUUUAGCCUUUAAUCAUUGAUAAAUUAUGGUAUAGGUACAGAGGAUCAACCUUUGAACAAUGACAGAGUUCUGUCUUCCCAGUGGUGCUCGCCCUGUAGAGGUUGUACUGUAUAUAAAAUCUGUGAUUAAUGUAUUGGUGAACAGAUGACAGAGCCGCGUCAAGCAAAAACCAUCCUUAUGGCGAUUGCUACCAGUAUGGAUCCAGAUCAGCCUGCUCACCGUGCAGUCUGAUCAGGAUCCAUAUUGUUCGCUAUUCAGUCAGUAUAGGUACCAUGAGAUGUUCAGCGAACAGUAUGUAUCCUGAUCAGACAGCACGGAUGUGCAGGCUGAUCUGGAUCCAUACUGGUGGCAAUCGCCAUAAGGCUGGUUUUCGCAUGACGCGGUUAUUGUAUUUCUCAUUUUGUUUCACUUGUUAAUCUGGUAAAUUGUACCUUAGUCAGUAAAUACCUGUAGCAAUUAUUAUGUUUCAUGAUUAAUCAGCUCACUUAUGCCAAAGGUUCACAGGUGAGCAAUUGCAGUUGUACUGUGCCUGUCUUCCGAAUUGCUAACUUUUAGAUUUAAAAAAAAAGUUUAAGGAUACCAACUACUUAGGAAUAUCUGUUACUCCUGUAAAAUGAUAUGUAUCCUUUUAUGCAGCAGUGCAACAAACAGUGAUAUAACUUUUAACAGAACUUUAUAUGCCAAUGAAAAGGGAGGUAUUAUGGGAACACUUGCAGUGGUCGGCUGCAUCCUCUAAAGUAGUCUGCUACCUAACUUGAGCCGUUCUUAUCCAGUGAUCACCAAACUUUGUUACAGUGUUUAUGGGCAUAAUGUCUCGGCCAAGUUAAACAACCAGUUGAAUUGUUCUGGUGACUCUGGAAUUUCGGCUGUUGAAUUACUCAAAAUUGUGAAGUAGUUCUUUUCCAAUGUUCACUAAAAUUGGUCACAAUGUUUAUGGACACAUCUUAGCAAAGUUUGAUAACCAUAUUGGAUUGUCUUAAAAGCUUUGGAGUUAUGGCCCUUCAAUAAAUUAAAAUUGCACAAAUUUACAUUGUCUGCUCUUUGAAUGUUUGAGCUGGGACCUUUGAGACUGUCAUGGAGAUCAGUAGUUUACACUGAGUUACCGGCAGGAAACAUUUAAAAAUCUAGGUUAUUUUUCUUCAAAGAGAUCUUACAUACAGCAAUACAUAGUGGUUCCCUCUUUGGGUGAGUGACAUAGACCAGUUUGGGCCUCUUAAUAACCUUGAUACUUGGUUGAAAAUCAAUAUAUUUGUCCAUGUAUAUACUUUGAAACUGGAUUUAUUCAUGUUACUCAACUUUGCAACAGAUUUUUGUAUACCUAUUAAAGAAUUUGUGAAAGGAAUGUGUCUUAAGUACAGCAUGUUUGCUACAUUUUUGAUUAUCCAGUUUACAGCAUUAAUUACUUGGAUGGAGUGUAAAGUAUCAAUAAUUUAUUUUUAAAGCUCUUUAAAUAUCAUUACUUUUGAUAAAUUCUGAUGAAUUUAGAGAGCCUCAUCUAAGCAAUAGAAUAACAACUGAAAUGUAUUGUUUCUCUUUGAUUUAAUUUUGUUCACAUGAAAUGUUGUGGUUUCUUGGGCUUAUGAAUUUAUGGAUUUCCACUUUUGAAAAAAAAAACUAAUGGCAGAUUUAUCUGUUCUAUACGACUUUUUUUUCUGAAGUCCAUAAAAAUUAGACCGUCAUUCACCAUACUUGUAUUUAGACAUGCAAUAAAGUUUAUUUUAAACAUUUAUAAAUAAUUUUUUCAGUGUAUAAUACAGAUAUCAUCAUAAUGUUAAUAUUAUAAGAAUUUAUUUAAAAUAUGGUCUGAAGUUUAUUGUAAAUGACUUAUAAAAGAAAAGAUGCAUGCUGAUAUAUUAAAAGCAUAAAUGAGAAAUUGGCUGUAAAAUUUUUGAAUUUUUCAAUUUUCAGUGACUUCUGGAAGUAAUAUAUUACCAUGGUUAUUACAGGUGUCUAAUAAGUAUUACUGUAAUUAAUUACCUCAGUUUCAUAAUUGAAUUCCAGGUUAAAUUGUGGUAAGUGAAAUCUGAUGGAAAGUGUCACUGAGGAACCAGCAGAUUUAUAAGGAGGGUACUAAGACAGUUCUAGAAGGGAAAUAAGAAAUAAUAGACUAUGCAGUAGUCCUUGUACCUUGUACAAAAAGAAUUUGUCAUUCAAUCGUGUUAUCUGCUAAGUGCUGUGUAUGUUUUUGAGAAGUUCAUUGCCAAAAUAUGUCAGUUUGAUUUAUAUAAUUAUCGAGGGGUUAAUGCAAUGGAAGGCUUAUAGAUAAAGAAGCACUUUGACUUCUUUCGCCUUCAACCCUCGUCAUCUUAAAUAAGUUAUUUGCACCAGUUAUAAACAGCUAUUACUGCAUAGCUUUAUUAUAGACCGACACAUGUAAGGAAGUAUCCUGUGACAAGAAAAAAAAGUCAAACUUUUCUCUACUUUGAUAUUUCACCAUUUUGACUAUGCUAACAUUUCAGUGCUAAUAUUUUGAAAUGUUUGCACUUAAAUUAAAAUUUGAGCCGUGCCAUGGGAAAACCAACAUAGUGGGUUUGCGACCAGCAAGGAUCCAGACCAGCCUGCGCAUCCGCGCAGUCUGGUCAGGAUCCAUGCUGUUCGCUUUUAAAGCCUACUGCAAUUAGAGAAACCAUUAGCGAACAGCAUGGAUCCUGACCAGACUGCGCGGAUGCGCAGGCUGGUCUGGAUCCAUGCUGGUCGCAAACCCACUAUGUUGGUUUUCCCAUGGCACGGCUCAUUUGUACAUUAAAGUCUUCUAUAGCUGAGUAAUUAAGAUCAUUUGCCCCUGAUCGAUAUGGGUUUGAGCCUCUCGCUUAGGGUGUUGAAUUUUUCAUGUGAGGAACCCAUCCACCUGGCUUACGGAAGGUCAAUGGAUCUGCCAGGUGCCCACCUGUGAGGAAAUAAUGCGUGGAGGGGCACAAAAGGUCUUCUUUCACCAUCAAAAGCUGGAAUGUCACCAUAUGACCUGUAAAGGGGUUGAUGUGACGUUACCCCCCCCCCC